AUGAGACACGAUCAGGAAAAGACGUUCGUGGCCAUUGCGGUGCCCAUCGACAUUCCCGACAAGAACGUCUUCGUUUCAUACAACUUCGAGUCCAACUACAGUGUGGUGACCAACAUAACCGAGCUCGAUGAAGUAAUAUUCCCUAAUCUACCGAUCAUCAGCUCCCGCCACAGCAGGAGUAUAACGAGGGAAUUAGCAUACACUGUACUCGAAGCCCGAUUCAAAGAGCACGGCAUGAACGGCAAAGAGUGUUUGUUGCGCAACAUCUGCGAGGCGGCGGAGACCCCCUUGCACCACAACGGUCUCCUGGGACACAUUAUGCACAUAAUUUUCACGCCAUCGUCUUCACGUGAGGAGAGCAUCGACGACGCCUACUACGAAGCGGAAUUGGACGGUCAGAAUGGAGACUGCGACAAAUACCUGGAUGACUGCCCUUUCAGUCUAUUCGAUAUCGUAACGCGAUUGGUUGAGAUACGGCAC